AUCACAUUAAAAGUCUAUUUGAAUGCAUCAUUAAUGUAGAUUUAAUACAUUUUUAGCAAAGCGCGCAGACAAAUUCACGAUGGCGAUCACUGAAAUGAAAUUGUAAAUACGCGAUAAACGCAAGGAUUCAAUGCGUGCACGUGAGAGUGGGCGAUGCUGAUUUUCGUCCACAUGGUGUCAGUGUCACGCCGUUACCGAGCAGUGAUGUGAUGAGACAACCAAACCCUGUCAGGACCCAGUUUGGCUCAGUUGGAGGCGGCGUCGUGCGCGAACACACGAGAGACCGCUUUGUACGUUUGGUUUUAUAUUUUGUUCAAACGGCAUCGAUAAGUCAGCUGCAGUUGUUGAGGCUGAGGAAUAGAUUCAAGGACUUGGGACAGGAUUUCCAUAACCGUUGAUUACUGAGGAUGGAAUCAGGAGGACAAAGGAGACAGAGGCAGUCACGGUGGGUGACGCUUCAGCUUUGUUUCUUGCUCAACUGCUUCUACUCGAUAUCAGCGCAGAUAAAAUACUCAAUUCCGGAGGAAAUCAAAGUGGGCUCACAGGUUGGAAAUGUCGCCAAGGAUCUAGGUCUCGAUGUCGGUUCGCUGGCGGAAAGGCAGUUUCGAAUAGUGUCGGGAUCGGACGGGGCUCGGUUCGAGGUGAAUCGGAACAAUGGCGUGUUGUAUGUUCACAAGAGAAUCGACCGAGAGGAGCUGUGUGAACGCGUGUCUCCGUGCCUGAUGAACUUGAAGCUCGUAGCAGAGAAUCCGAUGGAGAUACAUUAUGUUUCCGUGGAGGUUACAGACGUCAACGAUCACGCGCCUGCUUUUCUGGAGGAAGAGAAAAUAUUUGAAAUAUCAGAAUCUACUCCGAUUGGACGACGGUUCCAGUUACCAGCCGCCCGAGAUCCAGAUGUUUUCCACAACUGUGUACGUGUUUAUAAACUCAGUCAGAACGAUCAUUUCAACAUUCAGAUUAGAGACAGAGGAGAGGAUAAGAUCCCCUUUUUAGUUCUGCAAAAGCUGCUGGAUAGAGAGAAACACGAGGAACACAGAAUGAUUUUAACUGCAGUUGACGGUGGAAACCCUGCAAAAUCAGGGACACUUAAUGUUACAGUCAUCGUCCUUGACUCAAACGACAACAAUCCAAUAUUUACCCAGGAGGUCUACUCUGUAUCAAUACCUGAAAAUUUAAAGAAACAGACGAGUGUUGUCCAGGUUAAGGCAACCGAUCUUGACGAGGGUUUGAACGGUGAAGUGGAAUAUUUGUUUGGUGGCGAACUUGAUCCUCGAAUAUAUGAAAUGUUCAUUUUAGAUAAAAGCACCGGAGAAGUCAGAAUAAAUGGCGACAUUGACUUCGAACAGAACGCUAUUUUUAAACUGGACGUUCACGCAAAUGAUAAGGGAACACCUGCCACAAGCGCAGACUGCCGCGUUAUCAUAAAAGUCCUGGACGAAAACGACAACAAACCCGAGAUAGAAGUGACAUCGAUUUCAAAUGUGGUGCCUGAAGAUUCCAAACCUGGAACUGUAAUUUCGCUCAUCAGCAUUAAAGAUAAAGACACCGGUUUAAACGGGAAGGUGAUUUGCAGUCUUUCAGAUAAUUCUCCCUUUGAAUUAAAGCCUUCAUUUCAAGAUAAUAUGUACUCACUUGUUUUGAUCCAUCGCCUCGACAGAGAGACGAUUUCAAAUUAUGAAAUCGUAAUUAAAGCCACAGACUGCGGUCGACCUCCUCUAUCAACAGUAAAAACGCUUAUUAUUACCGUAUCAGAUGUUAAUGACAAUGCCCCACAGUUUCCCAAAAAUCCGAUUGAACUUUACCUGGUGGAAAACAAUGUGCCAGGCAAAUCCAUCUUCUCUGUGUCAGCAGUAGAUAUGGACUUGAAUGAAAACGCUGCACUGACUUAUGAUAUCGCAAGAGAAGAAGGGAGCGCCAUAAAAUUAUCAGUAUUUUUAAACAUUAAUCAGGACAAUGGAGACAUUUCUGCUCUGAAAAGCUUUGACUUUGAGACAGUGAAGAGUUUCCAGUUCCAAGUUGUGGCCACAGAUUCUGGAAGUCCGUCACUGAGCAGCAACGUGACAGUGAACGUGUUCAUCCUGGAUCAGAACGACAACCCUCCAGUCAUCCUGUAUCCAGUCAACUCCAACGGUUCUGCUGAAGGUGUGGAGGAGAUUCCCCGCAAUGUGAACGCAGGACACUUGGUGACUAAAGUCAGAGCUUAUGACGCUGAUGUAGGUUACAACGGCUGGUUACUGUUUUCACUGCAGCAAGUUUCUGACCACAGCCUCUUUGGUUUGGACCGCUAUACGGGACAGAUCAGAACUCUCCGCUCGUUCACAGAGACAGACGAGGCGGAACAUAAACUGGUCAUACUGGUCAAAGACAAUGGGAAUGUGUCUCUCUCAGCAACAGCUACUGUGCUGGUCAAAGUUGUGGAGCCCAAAGAGGCUUUUGCUGCUUCUGAUGUGAAAAGCUCAGCAAAAGUGGAUGAAGACACGGAUGUGACUUUUUACCUGAUGAUCACUUUGGGCUCAGUUUCAGUCCUUUUCAUCAUCAGUAUCAUCGUGUUGAUCGCAAUGCAGUGCUCCAAAUCCACAGACUACACUUCUAAAUAUCUCCAAGAGACCAACUAUGAUGGAACUCUAUGCCACAGCAUCCAGUACAGAUCUGGAGACAAGCGCUACAUGCUAGUUGGACCCAGAAUGAGUAUUGGAUCUACUAUAGUUCCUGGCAGCCAUGCCAACACUCUGGUGCUGCCUGACAGGAGGAGGACCUCUGAAGAGGUAGGAUGGCGUUCAAUUGUAUUGUGCAAUGUGCUGUCCCUGGUUCUGAAAACUGCGCUUUUCGUCAUUCAUUUGAGAAAAUUGAUUUGACAAAAUGAAGACAUAUGAACCUGCUGGAAUUGUUUUAGUUGUUUAAUAUUGACAAAACAGUGCAUUUACCACCUUGUUCGAUUUUCAGUAUUUUAAUGAAUGAUCGACUUUUUGUUUCUACCUGCUGUAUAAAAAGUACUUAGAGAACAGUAUUGGAAUCUACCUGUACAUUAGGCCCUACAAUCGAAUUAAUAAGUAAAUUAAGAAGUAUAUAUUAUUUAAUAUCAUAAAUUACCUCGGAAUAUAAAGCUUGACAUCUCAACUCAUUCAUUCACACUUUUUACCUCCUCGACACGCUCAAUGACAGCUCCAUUUUUAAUUUCAAAUUAGGCAGAACAAUUAAACUUAACUAGAAACCAUGGAACUGGAAUAAGCUUUGACUUUUGUAGGCGGAUUUGUGGCAUGGUUGUUCAAGAUUAAGUGGCCAAGUCAGUUCCUGCGGCAACUCCAUGCACGUAAACUUCAGCCUCGGUAAAUAAUUAAAUGAAGGUUUAGUUUCGACACAAUCGUUCUCCUUCAGUUUCCCUCGCUGAAAAUCAAGCCUGUAUAAACAGUACGGGCCGCACGGAGCCGCACUCACCGUCAGAUUGCCGCCUUUAGGGUCGGUGGCAUCCGACUGGAUCAUCCUCUUCACUCAAAAAUAAAACGUUCAUUAUUUCAACGCAAUUUUCCUCAGUUAAGAAGUCUUGCAUUGACAUGCUUCGACAGGAAAAGACGGCCUACUUGCAGUGUAUGUUGGCUUUUUUCUGUGGUCAAA